AUGUUCAAACAAUAUUUUGUUUCAGUAAUACUUUUGCUUUUCAUAGCAGCGGAGGCUCAGUUUCGGCCAGGUGGUCCAAAUCGUUUCGGGCCACCACGUCUAGGAGGUCCAGGACAGGGAGGCGGAGGACCCGGCGGCCCACCACCUUUUGCAUUCCAACCACGUCCGGGUUUGCCUGGACCAGGACCUAGACCACCAGGACCACGACCAAUACCACCACCAGUUCCACAACCACCACCAGUGCCACAACCACCACCACCAACACCGCAACCACAGCCCCAACCACAGCUGGAUAAUCUGCGCCUCUGCACUUUCACGCAGCUGGCACAAAAUAAGUGUCUCUACACGCUGCAGGCGGCUGCCAACGCUUCCAUUGAUCUCAAGUUGCAGUGUGUACAAAAUAGUUCCUUCGACGCCUGCCUAAGUGCGAUCCAAACGUCUGCGGCUGACUUGGUGGUGGCCGAGGAUCAUGAGUACAUGGCAGCGCGUGCCGCCAAUCUAACAACGGUACUGUAUGCGCACGAGCACCUUACCGACUACUACGUGGCUGUGGCGCCCAGCAACAUUACACUGAUCGAACUGGAUGAGGCGGCUAUAGAUGUCAACGUGUCGAAUCAUCGCGCUUUCGAUGCCGCCGCUUUCUUCAAUCUCCAACGUGGUCAUGACAUAUGUCGGCAGUCCGCCCGUGACACUGUUACCAUUCAGAUUCUGAAUACGGCGGAAUACAAUGCCACCGGAGAUGAGCUGCUGAUUUGCGCCAAUCGCUCGGUGGCCGAGUGGAGUGCUUACGGCACGUGCAACGUCGAAGCAAGUUUGGAGCGCGCAGUUUUCGCUGCAAAGCCUUUGGCGUCCAAUGUUGGCUUCAGGUGUCUCGUGCAAAGCACUUUCGAAAGAAUUCUAAACAGUUUCGGUCCGACAAGCACUAUUUGGAAUUUCUUUGCCGAUUUCCAAAAUACAUCCGAUGUUAUUUUCAAGAAUAACACAAUUGGAUUUUCGCAAAGUCCCAUUAUCAGAAAUGGCGUCACUGAGCAAGUAUUUAGCCAACUGCAUUGCAGUAACGAAACGGUGCAUGAUCCUAGCGAACUGGAAUGAGUUAAUAGAAGUCUUGAAUAUACAAAUAUACAUAUAUCCCCGAAUUCAAAAAUAAAUACAUAUAUACAUACAUACAUAUAUAAAAAAAUGUUAACGCGUUC